GAGGGAAUGCAAUUACUUCAAGUGUGGUAGCAUUGUAGAUGUCAUCUGGGAGUAAGAGGUUGUUGUAACCAGCGCGAAACACACCCAAUUUGGAACACGCACCUAGUCCAUGAGAAAUAUUGCCACUACAUUUAUUUAGGGAGAAAUCAAAUAGUCUAGUCGAGGGAGACAAAGAAGACAAAUAGGGGACGGGAUAGACCCCGAGAAGGUGUUCUUGACGUUGAAACUAGUUUGCUCUAAAAUAAUGUUAUGAGUACAAUUUCUAAGAAGAAAUCCCGCAAUUUUUGUGCAGGAAUCAGAAAGGUACAAAAGUUUGAUUCGGCAAGACAUGGACCUGCAUGUGAUUCAAUCCAAGCUUAACAAAGGCCUCUACACAGAGGAUUGCAUCCCCAUGUUCUUCCGCGACCUCCUCCUCCUAUUCAACAAUGCCAUCGUCUUCUUCCGCAAUAACCCUCCGGAGCACAACGCAGCUCAAGAGCUCCGCUCCAUUGUGCUAAAGGAAAUGAACGACCAGCUCCCGAACCCACAACCCGCGACCAGAACAGUAACAUCUAAAGUGCCCAAGAUCGAAACCAAAGCUCCCAAGAUCGAGCCCGAUGUCUCCGAGAAACCCACCAAGUCUUCCAUUGUUGUUUGUGGAAAGCGUGGUUCUGUCAAUGCACUAUCAGAAGGCGGUGAGAAAGCAAAGGUGGCGAAUGAGAAGAAGACGGAUGGUGCUGCAUCUGUGAAGGUUGAGGACAAGGGGAUUAGGAGGAAGAGGACACAAGAAAGAGGUGGGCGGAGAGGGACAAGCACGAGGGGCAGGAGUGCAGCGAAGCCGACGAAGCCGCACGAGUAUGGCGUCAAUGAACUCAGUUCGCAUGACGGUUUAGACGCGUUGGAAGCGGAGAAGGAGAAGAAAGAAAACAAGGGAAAGAAGCAAGGCGCAGCGAGGUUCUUGAAGCGAAUGAAGCAGAACUCGCCGAGCACUGAAGUGAAGAAGGACGCAUCGGAUGGUUCUGAGGACGAUAGCGAUGAGAGCGAGGACGAGAAGAAGAAGAAGAAGAAGAAGAAGCCGACGACAAGGGGUAGGAAGAAGCCGGAGGUUGAGAGGAAUGAGAGGGUGACGCGGAGUUCAACAGGAAGCGGGGGAGGGAGGGGAGGGGGAAUAAGGUGUCAGGAGAGCAAUGGGAGGGGAAGGAGAGGGGUCGGGAGGCCACCGAAGAGGCAGGAGACUGCGGCGGCAGAAGCGGGGAGUAGGAAGAGAGGGAGAGAGAAUGGGGAGGCUGAUCAGGUGGGGAGUGCAGGGAGGCGGAGAAAGCGUACAAGGAGGUAA